UAUAUGCAUUUUAUAUUGCAUAAGAAUUUCUCAUGGUCAUAAAAGAUCCACUUUUUAUGGUCAUCACUUGCUCAUCAGUCAUACCACUCAGGAAUAAUACUUAGUACGUAAUGUUUUUUUAUUACACUGUAAUAAAAUAGUUUGUCAGUGUGCACAACUCCAUAGUAUAGAGUUUCUCACUCCAAUUAUCAUUCUUUCUUGGGCUUUUCUGAUCUGAAACCCAUGUUUUUGCCACCUCUCCUUGUCUAAAUAUCUAACAUGGGAAUUAGGAUUACACAAAAAAACAGCCAUUAGUUGUCACAUGUAAUUAACUUUCUUGAAUUAUGUGAAUUGUGUCAAUACAUGUCAAGAGUGGUUCUUGAUUGGAAUCAUUCAUGGAAAUGGAGGCUGCUAACCAAAUGGGGUUUGUUCUAACACUGUUUCUUUCACUUUUUUCAUUUGCUUACAGUGUCACAGACCCCAAUGACUUGGCCAUAAUCAAUGAGUUCAGAAAAAGUUUGGAGAAUUCAGAGCUUUUGGAUUGGCCAGUUAAUGGUAAUGACCCUUGUGGUCCUCCAGUUUGGCCUCAUAUAAUUUGUACUGGUAAUAAAAUUCAACAGAUUCAAGUUAUGGGGUUGGGGUUAAAAGGUUCUUUGCCACAGAAAUUUAAUCAGUUGUCUAAACUGACAAAUUUGGGGUUGCAAAGGAACCAAUUCAGUGGAAAGUUACCAUCUUUUAGUGGUUUGUCUGAAUUAAGGUAUGCUUUCUUGGAUUUCAAUCAGUUUGAUAGUAUUCCAUCUGAUUUCUUUAAUGGACUUGUGAGCUUAGAAGUGUUGGCAUUGGAUGAUAAUCCUUUGAAUGUCUCAACUGGUUGGUUUUUGCCUAGUGAAUUGCAAGGUUCAGCUCAAUUGACUAAUUUGACUUUGGUUAACUGCAAUUUAGCUGGUUUUUUACCUGAGUUUCUUGGAAAUAUGUCUUCUUUAGAUGUACUUUUGUUGUCCAAGAAUAGACUUUCGGGGCCUAUUCCGAGUACUUUUAAGGACUCUGAGCUAAAAAUGCUUUGGUUGAAUGAUCAGUUUGGUGAUGGAAUGAGUGGUUCAAUUGAUGUGAUUUCAACAAUGGGAUCAAUGACAAGUCUUUGGCUACAUGGGAAUCAUUUUUCAGGUAAAAUUCCAAAGGAGAUUGGUAGUUUGACAUAUCUCCAGGAUCUUAAUGUCAAUAGCAAUGAUCUUGUUGGUUUAAUUCCUGAAUCUUUAGCAAAUAUGACAUUAGGCCAUCUUGAUUUGAAUAAUAAUCAUUUCAUGGGUCCAAUACCAAAUUUUAAGGCUACAAAUGUUAGUUAUCGAUCCAACUCUUUUUGUCAAACCGAAAUAGGUGCACUUUGUAACACAGAGGUUAUGGCACUUUUAGAAUUUCUUGAUGAGUUGAAUUAUCCAUCUAAGCUUGUUGAAUCAUGGUCGGGAAAUAAUCCUUGCGACGGUCCGUGGUGGGGAUUAAGCUGUGACGAUAACCAAAAGGUUAUUGUUAUAAACUUGCCUAAGUCCAAUCUUUCUGGAACCCUGAGUCCUUCAAUUGCAAAAUUAGAUUCUCUUACUCAUAUAUAUCUUGGAUCUAACAAUAUUUCUGGUUCUAUUCCAUCUAGUUGGACUAGCUUGGAACAUUUGGUUCUGCUUGAUUUAAGUAAUAACAACCUUUCCCUUCCUCUGCCAAAAUUUACUGCCCCCUUGAAACUUGAUCUAAGUGGAAAUUCACUAUUGAACUCUAGUCCUCUUGUAGCAAGUCCUUCACAAAAGGAUAAUAAUACAUCCCCUGGUGCUUCACCCUAUUCAUCGACGAAUAAGUCAAGCUCUUCUAAGUCUAAGUUAGUCAUUUUUGUGGUUCCUAUUGCAAGUUUUGCAAUCUUAGUUUUUCUUGCUAUUUCAUUAUAUGUUUAUGUCCGGAAGAGGAGUAUGGAUAGGCGCAAAGGUCCAACUUCUCUUGUCAUUCAUCCUAGAGAUCCUUCUGAUUCGGAUGACAUGGUCAAGAUAGCAAUAGCCGAUGAAACUAAAGGAAGUCAUUCGAUAUUGACUGAAAGUGGUUCUGCUAGCAUACACAGUGGUAAAUAUCCUAUGAUUGAAGCUGGCAAUUUGGUCAUAUCAGUUCAAGUACUUAGGAACGUAACCAAGAACUUUGCUCCAGAAAAUGAACUUGGUCGUGGUGGUUUUGGAGUGGUUUAUAAAGGAGAAUUAGACGAUGGGACAAAAAUAGCUGUCAAAAGAAUGGAGGCUGGAGUAAUUAGCAGCAAAGCGUCGGAUGAAUUUCAAGCUGAAAUUUCUGUUCUUUCAAAAGUCAGACAUCGGAAUUUAGUGUCUCUAUUGGGAUAUUCAGCUGAAGGCAACGAAAGAAUUCUUGUUUAUGAAUACAUGCCACUAGGUGCUCUUAACGAGCAUCUUUUCCACUGGAAAAGUCUGAAUUUGGAGCCUCUAUCUUGGAAGAGGAGGCUGAAUAUUGCCUUAGAUGUUGCUAGAGGAAUGGAGUAUCUGCAUACACUCGCUCAUCAGUGCUUCGUACACAGAGAUCUCAAGUCCUCAAAUAUCUUGCUGACUGAGGAUUUCCGAGCAAAAGUAUCAGACUUUGGACUUGUGAAACUUGCUCCUGAUGGAGAGAAGAACUCUGUGGUAACCAGGCUAGCUGGAACUUUUGGAUAUCUCGCACCUGAAUAUGCUGUUACUGGUAAAAUCACCACAAAAGUUGAUGUGUUUAGUUUCGGCGUGGUGCUAAUGGAGUUGUUAACUGGUUGGAUGGCGCUUGAUGAGGAUAGACCUAAUGAAAGCCAAUACUUAGUUGCAUGGUUCUGGAACAUCAAAUCCUCUAAAGAGAAACUUAUGGCAGCCGUCGAUCCAGCUCUGGAUGUAAAAGAGGAGGCCUUUGAGAGCAGCAUCUACACCAUUGCAGAACUUGCUGGUCACUGCACAGCAAGGGAGCCGGGACAACGGCCUGACAUGUCCCAUGCUGUGAAUGUGCUCGCUCCACUUGUUGAGAAAUGGAAGCCUCUUGAGGAAGAUGAAGAGGACUACUGUGGUAUUGAUUACAGUCUUCCCCUCGAUCAAAUGGUAAAGGGAUGGCAAGAAACAGAAGGAGAAGACGUCGACCUUGAAGACACUAUCCCUGCUAGGCCUACUGGAUUUGCAGAGUCCUUUAAAUCAGCAGAUGGUAGAUAAAAGCAGGUACUACUGCACUACUGCUACUGUCGUUUAAUAAUCCUAUCUGGUAAAUAUAGAUAGAUUUCUUGUUUGUUUUGCGUGAGAUUUUGAUCCUGUUAUCUACGCUUUCUUUUCAAUUUUGUUUGUAGAAAUUUCAAUCCAAUGUAUAGGCUUUGAGUUACUUUCUGUGGGAUGUAGAUAUGAAUCAGGUGAUGAAGGAGAACUGUUUAUCAGCUGUGUUCCUCACUCCGUUAAUUAUUUCCUAUUCCUAUCUGAGGAAAAUAUAUUCAUUGUUCCUACUUCGACAUGAAUAGAUCAGAAGAUCUUCAUUUCCAAUAUGAAGGUUAUGAUUUUUGUUU